GACUCAGCCGCGUGGCCGCGCGGCCCGGGAAGCGCGGGGCGGAGGGCGGUGCGGCUCGGCCGGUCCCCUCGGCGCUGCCGGCGGGCGGGCGGAUUCCGGGUCCCGAGCGCGGGGAGGAGGCGCGCGGCCCGCCAGGGCGAGGGUGCUCUCUGAUCAAGCACACCAUUCCAGAUUACACAGCCCAAGGAUGAAUGUUCACCGUGGCGCUGACAGUGACAGGUUAUUGCGGCCAGAGGCCAGCUGCCUAGCGGAUGAUCCUGCAGCCUCAGUCCAAGAGAAAGAAACAAACAGCUUGGCUUCCCCUGGUCUUCAUAAUCUUCCUUAUCCCCUGGGUCCCAGAAGUGAAGACCUUUCACGUGACUCUGCUGCUCAGCCAGCACACCUUCAGUUCCCUCACGUAAUGCCACUUGCCGAAGACAUCAAAGGCUCUUGCUUCCAAGGUGGGAAUAAACGGAACCAUGAACCCUUUAUUGCUCCAGAAAGAUUUGGAAACAGUAGUGUGGGCUUUGGCAGUAACUCCCAUUCCCAAGCGCCAGAGAAAGUGACGCUUCUUGUGGAUGGCACACGUUUUGUUGUGAAUCCACAGAUUUUCACUGCUCAUCCGGAUACCAUGUUGGGAAGGAUGUUUGGACCAGGAAGAGAGUACAACUUCACGCGGCCCAACGAGAAGGGAGAGUAUGAGAUUGCCGAAGGAAUCAGUGCCACUGUAUUUCGCACAGUGCUGGAUUAUUACAAAACUGGUAUCAUCAAUUGUCCCGAUGGCAUCUCUAUCCCAGACCUUAGAGACACAUGUGAUUAUCUCUGCAUUAACUUUGACUUCAACACCAUCCGAUGCCAAGAUCUGAGUGCUCUGCUGCACGAACUGUCCAACGAUGGGGCUCACAAGCAGUUUGAUCACUACCUCGAAGAACUCAUCCUGCCCAUCAUGGUCGGUUGUGCCAAGAAAGGGGAGCGGGAGUGCCACAUCGUUGUGCUGACGGAUGAGGAUUCUGUGGACUGGGACGAAGACCACCCCCCACCCAUGGGGGAGGAAUAUUCCCAAAUUCUUUAUAGCUCUAAGCUCUACAGAUUCUUCAAAUAUAUUGAAAAUCGGGAUGUUGCAAAAACAGUAUUAAAGGAACGGGGCCUGAAAAACAUUCGCAUUGGAAUUGAAGGCUACCCUACCUGUAAAGAGAAAAUUAAGAGGAGGCCUGGGGGUAGAUCUGAAGUCAUCUAUAACUACGUGCAGCGCCCCUUUAUCCAGAUGUCGUGGGAAAAAGAAGAAGGGAAGAGUCGCCACGUGGAUUUCCAGUGUGUUCGAAGCAAAUCCCUCACGAAUCUGGUAGCUGCUGGGGAGGAUGUCCUGGAGGACCAGGAGACCCUCAUGCACCACCCACCGCAGGUCGACGAGCUGGACCGGCUGAAUGCCCCACUCGCUCAGAUGGCUCCUAACGAGUUUCAGGACUGAGGCCUGUGGCAGGCUCCCCCCUCGUCACGGCUGCCCACGGCCAGGGCGCCACGUCCUCCCCGUGGUUUGUCUCACCCUGAGCAGGAGACGUGCUUAUCCUGUCCUUUCCCCUCUCCCAGGACUAACGUCCUGUCAGUGACCUCUGCCUCUGGCGGGAGACGAAGAUGGGCUUGGCAGCGGAAGUGGGGUCUGGUGCUGCUGAAUCUUCACAUAAUCC